AUGGAUGUGAAGGAACUGGAAGUAAAUAAAACCCUGCCCUUUGACCCCUCGCUGCUGACGGUGAAUAUCUCGCUGCGACAGAUCGAGGAGAUCGCCACGACGAUCUCCCAGCGCUGCCAUGUGACCGGGGUCAAUGAGAUCGCCUGGGCACUGCGUGCCCUGAUGCUCACGGAUCUGACCACCUUGGCCGGCGAUGACACGGCGGCCAAUGUCCGGAGGCUCUGCCUCCGCGCCUGCUAUCCCUUCGAGCCGCAGUUCUUUGACAAGUUCUUCGACCGGGCCCUCAUCCCCGAGAUGCACACGGCUGCCGUUUGCGUUUACCCGGCCAGGGUGAAGGAUGCCUACCUGACGCUCCAGCAGUACGGCAAACUGGACAAGGUGGCCAUUGCGGCGGUGGCCACGGGCUUUCCCACCGGUCAGUACGGCCUGCAGACGCGCCUGCAGGAGAUCAGCCACGCCAUCCUGGCCGGCGCCACCGAGAUCGACAUUGUGAUCAACCGGCAGUUGGCGCUGGUGGGCGACUGGGAGGCCCUCUACAACGAGGUGGUGCUCAUGCGCAGCGCCUGCGGGCAGCGGGCCCAUUUGAAGACCAUCCUGGCCAUCGGUGAGCUGGGCACCAUGGAGAAUGUCUACAAAGCAGCCAUGGUCUGCAUGCUGGCUGGAGCGGAUUUCAUCAAGACCUCAACGGGAAAAGAGACCGUAAAUGCCACCCUGCCGGUUGGCCUGGUCAUGAUAUUCGCCAUCCAGGAGUUCAAGCGUCGCACCUGCCAGAUUGUGGGCCUAAAGCCGGCCGGCGGAGUGAAGACAGUGCGCGAUGCCAUCGCCUGGAUGACGAUGGUCAACGAGACCCUGGGAAUCCGCUGGCUGCAUCCCGAGCGGUUCCGUUUCGGUGCCUCCGGACUUUUGGACGACAUUGAGCGCGUGGUGCGCGAGGGCGUAAAGAAACUGGAGGAGGAGGAGGCCCUACGGAACCUGCCCGUGUCUCGCGAGGCAGCUGCCGCCGAGACCUUCUGCAAGGAGCUGCGCAAGAAGAAGGAGGCCCAGUAA